GAUCACGCCCUAUUAAUAAGGAUCCUUUUUAUCCUGGACAAAAAGUAAAGGGUAAAAUUGGAACACGCUGGUAAAAAGUAAUCUUGGAACCGCUCCUACGCAACCGUUGUCUUCUCUCUCACAAAAAAACUGUCUCUACAUAUAGAAAAUUUAUGCCAUUUCUUCAACUUUUUCGGCCAAUUUUAGUUAUGGAAAAUCAUCCUAGCACUAGUAAUGCUACUUCCCAUUGUUAUUUUUCCAACAAUUUUGUUCUUGAUGAACCCCAUGAAGAACAAGAAGAAAAACCAUCAAUUACAUUGCCCAUUUUUGACGACUCUAGUAGUACUCCACAUGUCCCAUCAGUCGAUAAUUUGGUAAUGUACAACCAACCCCACAAAAAUCCAAAAAGGAAAAGAAGUAGAUUCUUGAAAAUUUCUACAAGCCCUACUCGUUCUUCUUCUUAUGAUGCUGCUGUUGGGGUUAGUAAGCCUAAGAUUACCAAAAAGCCACCAGACCCAAGUGCCCCCAAAAUUACUAGGCCAUGUACUGAAUGUGGUAAGAAGUUUUGGUCAUGGAAGGCACUUUUUGGUCAUAUGCGUUGUCAUCCUGAACGUCAAUGGCGUGGCAUUAACCCUCCUCCUAAUUUCAGGCAUAAUGAUAAUGUUGAUGAUUCUCCUAAUCCUAGCCCUAGAAAAAACCCCAAAUCACUUGAUCAUUUGAUCAUGACUGACGAAGACCGCGAAAUUGCGGAGUCGUUGUUGCAAUUGGCUAAUGGAUUAUCAAAACCUGAUGACAUUGUAAACAAUGACAAACCCCCUGAUGAUGAAAAUGUUGUGAAGGACAUGAGGAAAAUUGUUGUUGCAUCGGAUCAAGAGCCUUGUACUUCAUCAGGAGGAGGAGGAGGAGGAGUGAAGGAUUCAGGUCGAUUCGAGUGUUCGGGUUGUAAGAAGGUGUUUGGAUCACAUCAGGCAUUAGGUGGACACAGGGCAAGUCACAAAAAUGUGAAGGGUUGUUAUGCAUCAGGUUCAAUUUCAGGUUCAGGAUUAACACAAGCUGUUACUACUAAUUUGGAUCUUAAUUUUCCUCCGCCUGAUACAUUAAUCUCAGGUGAAGAUCAGUACGAUUCUUCGUCCUCCUAUUCUUCUACGUAUUCGGCCACUGGAUUGGACUUAAGGUUGAGGCUAUAAGGAGUUCAGUAUUAUAUUUCUACAUGCAUAUUAUAGCUAUAUAGUCAUGCAUAAGGUGUAUAGAUAGUUAACUUGGGAUAUAAUUGCCAUAUUGUAGAAGCUGUUAAAUGGUAGUAAUAGUAGUAUUUUUGUAGUGUACUUUCAGGAUUGACUAAUUCAUUGCUCCAAAUUUUGGGGAUAAAUGAAUUUACAGUACUUGUGAUGUAUGCAAUACACAUUUGUAGUCACUAGUGAUAAUAAUAAUACUCCUCAGCUACUCGCUGCUGCCUGGUGUUGUUCA